UUGUCUAUUUUCCAUGCUCUUUAAUUAUUUGUGGAAAUCAACAAUGUUGAGCAUGUGUAUAAGCUAGCUAGAAGCUCAUACCAAUAUUAUUACUAUAUGUAUAAAGGCAGCAUGAUUAUAAUGAUUCCUCAGCUUUCGGUAUUCUUUUUCAUUCUUCAUGUUUCAUAUGGAAGUGAUACUUUAACUGUGAAUCAAUCCCUAUCUGGUGACCAAACGAUCAUCUCCAAAAGUGACAAUUUUGAGUUGGGUUUCUUCAAACCAGGUAACUCUUCCAACUAUUACAUAGGCAUCUGGUAUAAAAAGGUAUCUGUUCGCACCGUAGUUUGGGUGGCAAACAGAGAAACACCCAUCUCUGAUAGAUAUAAGUCUAAGUUAGAAAUUGUGGAUGGUAACUUGGUGUUAGUAAAUGAGUCAAACACUCAAGUUUGGUCUACAGGUGUGCAUUCGAAUGCUACAUCACUUGUUCUUCUUGACAACGGCAAUUUAGUUUUGAGAUAUGGAUCAAGUUUAAGCCCACCUGCUGCAGUAUGGCAAAGUUUUGAUCAUCCAACCCAUACCUUAUUGCCUGGUAGUAAGUUUGGAUACGACAAACGUACAAAUACAACGCAGGUUCUUACUUCAUGGAGAAGUAGUGAAGAUCCUGGAAUGGGGCUCUUUUCUUUAGAGGUUGACCAUACUGAGAAGCAGUAUUUGCUUAAGUGGAAUAAGUCUGUAGAAUACUGGACUAGUGGACCUUGGAACGAAGAAAAGAAAAUAUUUACAUUAGUACCUGAAAUGAGGCUCAAUUAUAUCUACAAAUUCAGCUACAUUGACAAUGAAAACGAGAGCUCUUUCACCUAUUCUUUAUACAAUCCUGAACUUAUUUCUAGAUUCAUUAUAGGCAUAUCAGGGCAGAUUCAGCAGCUAUCAUGGCUGGAUAAUUACCAACAGUGGACUUUGUUUUGGAAUCAACCGAGAGAAAUAUGUCAAGUGUAUGCUUAUUGUGGUGCUUUUGGUGUUUGCAGUCAAGAAAGUAUGCCGUUUUGUAAUUGCUUAACAGCAUUUGAGCCUACAUCACGGAGUGACUGGAAUCUAGCUGAUUUUUCUGCAGGGUGUAUGAGAAAAACUGAGUUGAAUUGCAGAGUUAAGGAAGAAAAACCUGGGUUCGUUGUAAGUUAUGUCCCGGUUAGAUCUGUUUCGUCAUUUCUUGAAAAUGAAACUCCUGCAUCGGAUGAAUCCGCGUGCAGGAGAUCUUGCUUGGAUGACUGCAGUUGUGAUGCAUUUAGUUUUAUUCUCGAAACAUGUCGGCUUUGGAAUGGUGAAAACUUAAAUAAUAGUUCACUUGUAUUUGUAUCACAAGAUUCAGAUAGAAAAACAUUUCCGUUGUAUAUUAAAGUUUCUUCUUCUGAUAUUCCUAAUUACACUACUGCAAAAAUCAGUACCAAAGUUUUAGUAGCAGGAAUCGUUUCAGGAUUUUUUGGCCUUGUUUUUCUUUGCAGUAUUGGUGUUAUUCUCUACAGAAAGUUCAAAAGACAAGGAAGAAGAGAGCAUAACCGAGAAAAUCAAGAACUGCAGUUUCAUGAAAGAGCAGCAAAUGUUAAAUUUUUGGAUCCAGGCAUAUUGAGUGCAGAAGAUAGAAAAGAAAUUAAUGUGCCUUUCUUUGACUUCAAAAGCAUAUCAUCCGCCACAAAUUAUUUUUCACUCGCAAACAAACUUGGACAAGGGGGGUUCGGGCCUGUUUACAAGGGAAUGCUCCCUGGAGGAGCAGAAAUUGCAGUGAAGAGGUUGUCGAGUCAAUCAGGACAAGGUCUAAAGGAAUUCAAAAAUGAGGUAUUACUGAUUGCAAAACUUCAACAUCGUAAUCUUGUUAGGCUCUUGGGAUACAGCAUGAAGGACCAUGAAAUGAUGCUGGUCUAUGAAUACAUGCCUAAUAAAAGCCUGGACCGUUUCAUAUUUGAUAGGACGCCUAGUAAUAUGUCUCUUGACUGGUCACUACGCUUUGAUAUAAUCAUGGGAAUUGCUCGAGGACUUCUUUAUCUUCACCAAGAUUCAAGAUUACGGAUUAUUCAUAGAGAUAUGAAAGCAAGCAAUGUGUUAUUAGAUGAAGAUAUGAAUCCUAAAAUUUCAGACUUCGGUUUGGCAAAGAUUGUUAGAGGCAAAGACACAGAAUCUAACACCUCCAGAGUUGUUGGAACCUAUGGCUAUAUGGCUCCAGAAUACGCACUAGAUGGGCUGUUCUCAGUUAAAUCCGAUGUUUUUAGUUUUGGAGUAGUUGUACUCGAGAUUAUUAGUGGAAAAAGAAACACGGGCUAUUACAACAAUCAACAGUCUUUUAGCCUUAUAUCCUAUGCCUGGGGCUUUUGGAAAAAUAAAACGCCAUUAGAUCUACUGGAUGCGACUUUAGCUGAAUCAUGCAACUCAAUUGAAGUGUUAAGAUGUAUGAUCGUUGGGCUCUUGUGCGUACAAGAAUACCCUCAAGAUCGGCCAACUAUGACUGAUGUGGUUCUAAUGCUCGGGAUGGAUAUUGAGAGUCUCCCGGAACCUAAAGAACCGGCUUUUGUUUCUAAAUCUCAUGAUCUAAGCUUUCAGACGUCUUCAAGUACAUCAACCAUCAAUCAAUUGACUAUCACUAAGGAAGAAGGUAGAUAAGGGGUUAAGUUUUAAAAUAACUUUUUUAUAUCUAUACUUCUAUACUACUAUUGUAUAA